GAGAUAGGCUCCGCCUUCGUUUUCCUUCUUCCGGUCAAUAAAGAGUUGUUAAAAAAAAAAAAAAUUCCAAGGGAAAACGCUACAACAACGAAGCACUAUACCGAGGGAAGAAGAGAGAGAGAGAGAGAGGAGUCGGCGGUUGAAGGUUUCACCCCGCAGUCGAAACCCUAAUUAGGCCUUCUCUCUUCUUUCUUCUGCUUCUGUUUCGGUUCUGUUGCAGCCGCCAUAAGUGCCUGGGAUGCUUCUGAUGCGGCUGUGUUUCCCAUCUUCCUCGAUUUGGGUGGUGUUUCGUGGUUGAUUUCGAUUCUUCCCUCCGUGGCGUUGUGGAAUUGUUGCGGUAGAUUUUGAGUAGAUCACUUGCUGUUUCCGGACUGGUGUUGUUGCUCGGCAAUCAUUGAUGGUUUAGCUAUCGGAUUGGUUGCUGCUGGGGAUUCUUUUGGGCGGAGGCGUUCUAGGAGAGGAGGUUGUUGAAGAUGGAUUUGGUGAAUAGUUGUAAGGAAAAGUUGGCAUAUUUUCGAAUAAAGGAACUCAAGGAUGUCCUGACUCAGUUAGGGCUUUCAAAACAGGGGAAAAAGCAGGACCUGGUUGAUCGCAUAUUGAAUGUCCUGCUCGAUGCACAAGGUUCCAAGGCGUGGCCAAAGAGGGGUGUUGUUGGAAGGGACGAAGCAGCAAAACUCGUUGACGACAUUUACAGGAAAAUGCAGGUCUCAGGUACUGAUUUAGCGUCAAAGGCGCAAUGUGUUUUGGAUAGCAGCAAUUCAAAUACAAAACUUGUUAAAGGAGAACCCGAGGACUCUUUUCCCAGCAAUACAAAAGUUCGGUGUCCUUGUGGCAGCACAUUGGAAACAGAGUCAAUGAUUAAGUGUGAGGAUCCCAGAUGCCAGGUGUGGCAGCAUAUUGGUUGUGUUAUAGUUGCUGACAAACCUAUGGAAGGAAGUCCCCAAGUUCCAGAAGUGUUUUACUGUGAGAUUUGUCGACUGAGCCGAGCUGACCCCUUUUGGACUGCAAUGGCACAUCCACUAUCUCCUGUGAAGCUGGCCACUACAAAUAUCCCAACUGAUGGUACAAAUCCAGUGCAGAAUAUAGAGAAGUCAUUUCACCUGACGAGGGCAGAUAAGGACCUAUUGAAUAAGCCAGAAAUUGAUGUGCAGGCAUGGUGCAUGCUUUUGCAUGACAAAGUCCCAUUUAGGAUGCAGUGGCCUCAAUAUGCUGAUUUACAAGUCAAUGGUGUACCUGUUCGUGCGAUCAAUAGACCUGGCUCGCAACUGCUCGGGGCAAAUGGCCGUGAUGAUGGUCCAAUUAUCACGCCAUGUACGAAGGAUGGGAUCAAUAAAAUAUCAUUAUCUGGAUGUGAUGCUCGGAGUUUCUGCUUGGGGGUAAGGAUAGUGAAGCGGCGUACACUUCAACAGAUACUUGGGUUAAUACCUAAAGAGUCUGAUGGUGAACAUUUUGAGGACGCACUUGCUCGUGUUUGCCGUUGUGUUGGUGGUGGAGCUCCAACUGACGGUGCUGACAGUGACAGCGAUUUAGAAGUUGUCGCAGACUCUAUUACUGUCAAUCUUCGUUGUCCUAUGAGUGGCUCAAGAAUGAAAGUUGCUGGAAGAUUUAAACCGUGUGUUCACAUGGGCUGUUUUGACCUUGAUGUUUUUGUUGAGCUUAAUCAGCGCUCUAGGAAGUGGCAAUGCCCCAUUUGUCUCAAGAACUACUCCUUGGAUAGUAUAAUCGUCGAUCCUUAUUUCAAUCGCGUCACCAAUAAGAUGAGGCACUGUGGCGAGGAUAUAACAGAGAUUGAAGUAAAGCCUAAUGGUUCAUGGCGCGUGAAAACGAAAACUGAAGCUGAGCGUAGAGAAGUGGGAGAACUUGCACAGUGGCACAAUCCUGACGGUACUCUAUGUAGCAUACCAAAUGAGGUGGUUCAGUCAGAGGUUGUGGAAACAGGGAAGCAAGUCAAGCAGGAAGGUAAUUCUGAAGGUCACGGUACUAUUAAUGGUUUGAAACUUGGACUUAGGAAGAACCGUGAUGGGCUUUGGGUAGUCAGCAAACAUGAGGGUAUGAAUGGUUCUUCAGGGAAUAAGAGAUUGCAGCCGGAGAACUUUGGGCAGAAAGUUAUUCCCAUGACUAGCAGCGGAACUGGCAGUGGCCAUGAAGGCGAGGAUCCAAGUGUGAAUCAGGAUGGGAAUUUGGAUUUUAACAAUAAUAGUGGAGGAAUGGAACUCGAUUCAUUAGCUCUCAAUAUAGAUCCUACGUUUGGGUUUGGUGCACAGCAUAUUUCUGCUCCAGUGGCACGGGAUGCAGCCGAGAUCAUUGUUCUUAGUGAUACAGAUGAUGACGAUAAUGAUAUCCUUGUGUCCUCAGGGACUGGCUUCAACAACAACAACCAGAAUGAUGUUGGUGUGGCUGGUUUCUCAGAGGCCGCCCGAUCUGGGAUUCCUGAACCAUCUUAUCCUGAGGAUCCUAAUCUUGUCACUGCUGCUGGAACUUCCUGCUUGGGUCUUUUCAAUGAGAAUGAUGAUGAGUAUGGAGGUUUGCCCCUCUGGCCACCAUCCCAGGGCGGCCCUGGGUUCCAGUUAUUUAGUUCAGAUGUCUCAGAUCCUUUGGGUGACUUGCAGCAUGGUCCCACAUCAAUUAAUGGAUACAGUUUGGGUCCCGAUACUGACAUGGGACAUGUUAAUUUGGUCCCACCAGAUACUUCUGUGGGUAGAUCUGACGGGAAUGAUGGGUUGGUUGAUAAUCCAUUGGCUUUCGAGGAAGAUCCUUCUCUACAACUGUUUCUUCCGACCAGGCCUUCAGAUUCAUCGAUGCAUUCCAAUGUGAGAGAUCAUCAGGUUGAUGUUUCGUCUAAUAAUGGUGGGCUCCGAUCUGAGGAUUGGAUCUCUCUUAGGCUGGGGGGCAGUGCUGCAACUACCGGGGGUGGUGGUCAUGUUGAAUCUGUUCCUCUUGCAAAUGGCAGCUUAACUUCAAGACAGUCAAUGCCUCCUAAUAGAGAUGGUACCAUGGAUUCUUUGGCUGAUACAGCCUCAUUACUUCUUGGGAUGAAUGGCGGGGGCAGAUCUGAAAAGGCAAGUCGCCCGAGAACUGAAAGCCCUUUCUCGUUCCCUAGACAGAAGCGCUCUGUGAGGCAGCGCUUGUACCUUUCUAUUGAUACGGACUCUGAAUAGGCAAACUGCGGGCAUUGAUAUCAUUAUUUCAUCAAUUUUUUGGGGGACAGAAGCCGUACUCUGAAUUCUGGGGUGUUUCAAGUUUGGCGGCAGUGAAGUCUCCUUCCAUCCAUCAUUUGGAACCAAGAAAACCCACCUUGCUGAAAUGUGAAGAGGUCUCGGAUGUCUUGACAUAAUUGGCGGUAUUAAUCGAGUAGACAUGCCUCAAUUUUGUGCAGCAGCAGCCGCAGCUCGUUUUUGACUGACCACACGACCUGGUCCAUUUCGGUUAGUGCUAAUCGUUGUUCCUUUGGUGUUGGUAUAGGCCGAGUUGCUGGGGGAAAUGUACAGUAGGGGAGGAUACUUUAGAUAGAGAGGUCCAAGAAAGGAGCAGCUGAUUGAAUUGUGAGCGUAAUGGUUGUUUUGAACCCUUGUGGAUGGAUGGUAACAUGGGAAAAACCAGCAACCAUCCUUUAAGGUUAUGUUUAGUUUUUUUUUGUCCAUCUAACGACCCAACCAAAGCUAAGUUAGCGUGUAAAUGUUAUUCCUGUCCUGGCACAUUCGGUUAUAGAUAAAUUGAAAUAAUUUUACCACUGAGCAGCUGCAAACUGUUCCUACCGGUGUAUUGGUUAUGCUGUCUUGAUCUCCCAGU